CAUAAAACAGGACAGCUACACGGAGUCAUCAUGAACAGAGCCUGGGCUAUGUUUAAAUCUUAUCCAUACAUCUGCAAUGUGGUGGGAUACACAACACUGUUUGCAACAGCAGACCUCAUUCAGCAAAGCAUGAUGGGAACAGCAUUGCACAAAGGGACUGUGCACAAGCAAGAUGAGGUGGGAUUUACUGUGACUGGAAAGGCAGAGACAGAUGCUCUCACACUGUAUAAUUCAGAAAUUGACUCAGAUGGCAGGAAAAAGAGUUUGGAAGAAAAGGAAACUUUAGCUCCAGUACAACGUGUUACACAGCUUCACAGCAUUGACUGGGCCCAGACUGCUCGGGUGGCACUGGUUGGGUUCUGUUUCCAUGCCAACUUCAAUUACCAUUGGCUACGGGGACUGGAGAGGAUAUUUCCAGGGGGAGGGACCAAGAGAGUAUUGCUUAAAGUGUUUCUGGACCAAUUAAUUGCAGCCCCCACAACAAUAAGUGCUUUCUACAUAGGGCUGAGCACAUUGGAAGGUGCAGAUGAUCCCCUUGAGGACUGGAGAAAUAAAUUCUGGACUUCUUAUAAGACUGGAGUGGUGUACUGGUCAACAAUGCAGGCUGUGAAUUUCUCUCUGGUCCCACCAGUGGCUCGUACGGUCUAUGUUGGGGGAGUCUCUCUUGCCUGGACUGUCUUCCUGUGUCAUUUCAGGCAGCAGAGGAUUAACACUCUGAGUUAGGCUUUAUACAGUUGCUUGCCAUAGAAGUCAAUAUAAACAUGGACUUGCUACAGUAACUUCUAAAUUUGCAAAAGGACAAAUGGAUGUGCAUGUACAAAUAUUACAUAUAAGAUGUGCAGCAGAGCUGGCUGAUGUUACAAACUGCUCUAAGAGAUUUGACUAAACCCUUUUACUUUGUCUCCAUUUUGGAAUAAGUAAGAUGCUAAUUUUUACAUCCACAAAAUAAACCUUAA